AUGCCGCGCAUCAGGAAGAAGACGUCCAACCGCCAGACGACGCGCGACCGCGCCAAGAUCACCAAGAAGGUCGCCGAGCACAAGAAGAAGGCCAAGCGCGACUCCAAGCGCAACCCGACAUGGAAGAGCAAGAAGAAGCCAGACCUUGGUGUGCCCAGCUCGUUCCACCUGAAGGACCAGGUGCUCGCCGAGAUGGCGGACGAGAAGCGGCGCAACGCCCAGGACAAGAUCGCGGCCAAGGAGGCGGCACGGCGCGCGCGUGCCGGAGAGGCCUCGGACGACGAGGACACUCCGGGCAUCAGCUCGUUCAAGUCAUCGGUGCUCCCGCGCGAGGCUCUCACCGGUGUUGCUCCACUGCCUGUUGAAGAGGAUGACGAAGUGCCCGACCUGCUUGACUCUGACCUGCCCACGCUGCAGGCGGCACUGGACGCGGCCAACAUUGUCCUCGAAGUGGUGGACGCACGUGACAUCCAGGGCGGACGGUCUGCUCACGUUGAGAAGCUCGUCACGGACAGCGAGAGCCUGGUGUGGCUCGUGGUCAACAAGGCCGACCUUGUGCCCCGCGAGGCACUCGAGGGAUGGCUUACGGCACUCGACUUGCCCGCCUACGCCGUGUCGGCAAAGGAGGGAUGGGGUAUCGCUGAGCUCCUUGCGGCGCUCAACACCGCGGCCAAGAAGGUGGAUGAGUUCAAGGUCGCUCUGCUCGGUCUCCCCAACGUCGGCAAGAGUGCUGUCGCCAACGCCCUCCUAGGUACGGACAAGUUCAAGGUCCGCCCAGGGACGCUCGCAUCCAGCUCAAAGCACCCCGCUCCCACAACGGCGGCAUGUGCGGAGGCCGAGCUUCCGGGCGGCGUCCGUGUGAUCGACACACCGGGAUGGGAGUAUGUCGAGGAGGAGGAGAGCGAUGAGGACGACGAGGAGGAUGAGGAGGGUGAUGUCGAGAUGGACGACGAGGAGGACGACGAGGACGAGGAGGAGGCAGCUGCGGCAGCCGCCAAGUGGGACGCGCUCGAGGCGCGUGUGGCUGGCGACCUCCUCCGCCGCAACCUUGGCCGCGUGGACAAGGUCAAGGACGUGUUCCCCCUUGUCAACUACGUCUUCGCGCGCUCCAAUCCCCAGGACCUCAUGCUCAAGUACAAUGUGCCGUACUUCCCCGCUGGCGACCUGCAGUCAUUCCUGACAGGACUCGCGCGAGUGAACGGCCGUGUCAAGACGCGUGGCGACCCAGACCACGAUGGUGCGGCGCGCAUCGUCCUGCGUGACUGGUCGCUGUCUUCGUUCCCGUUCUACACGGUGCCACCCAAGGGUGCCGUCUCAACGAUUGACCAGGUGGACAACUCGAGCGUCCUCUCACAGUUGAAGACGCGCAAGGAGAUGCGCGCGUCGGGGCUUGUCAAGUUCCGGGCGAGUGACGUUGACGAUCGCGAGAUCUUCCUCGACGACGACUACACUGCGGUCGGGGGCCCCGAGUCGGAGGACGAGGACGAGGACGGGGAAGGCUUCACGGACGCCGACUUUGCUGGCUUCGAUGGUGAGGAGGAGGGGUCAGACAAUGACGAGGAGGGCAGCGAUGACGAGGAGGAUGGCUCGUUCGUCGGGUCAGACGAGGGCGAGGAGGUGGAGCUCGAGUCUGGAUCUGAGCCGUCGUCUCCCUCAUCGCUAGAGGGUGACGAGCUGCCGUCUGACGAGGAGGAGGAGAGUGAGGAGGAGGUUCCAGUACCCUCGCGCAAGCGCAAGGCGCCGGCCGCACCCGUAGAUGUGCGCAAAAAGGCUAAGACUGUGUCGUUCAAGGCCAAGCCGGAGCCCAAGACCGCAAAGCGCGAGGUGAGCGAGGUCAAGUCGAUCCUCAAGGCAAAGGCAAAGGCGGACGAGAAGCCAGCGAAGAAGGCCAAGGUAGCCGCUCCCAAGGACACGGCAUCCGCCAAGGCAAAUGGGACAACCAAGCCGAAGCCGGUCGUGACGGCCAAGUCCAAGGCGGUGUCUGCAGCAACCAACGCGGGCUUUGAGGCGUACGACUUCUCUAAGCACUUCUAG